AUGGACGACGUGUGCGAGGGGAAGGACUUCUCCUUCCCGCAGCAGGAGGAGCGGGUGCUCGAGCUGUGGGCGAAGCUCGACGCCUUCCACGAGCAGCUCCGGCGCACGGAGGGCGGUGAGGAGUUCAUCUUCUACGACGGCCCCCCCUUCGCCACGGGCCUGCCCCACUACGGCCACAUACUCGCCGGCACCAUCAAGGACGUGGUCACCCGGCACCAGUCGAUGCGGGGCCGCCACGUCUCGCGACGCUUCGGGUGGGACUGUCACGGCCUCCCCGUCGAGUUUGAGAUCGACAAGGCGCUCGGCAUCACCAACCGGCAGCAGGUGUUCCACCUCGGCAUCGGCAAGUACAACGAGACGUGCCGCAGCAUCGUCACCAAGUACGUCUCCGAGUGGGAGGCCAUGGUCACACGCACGGGGAGGUGGAUUGACUUCAAGAACGACUACAAGACCAUGGACAUCAACUUCAUGGAGAGCGUCUGGUGGGUGUUUGCACAGCUCUGGGAGAAGGACCUCGUCUAUAAGGGCUUCAAGGUCAUGCCUUACAGCACAGGAUGCAAAACUGCACUGUCAAACUUUGAGGCAGCACUGGACUAUAGGGCUGUUCCUGACCCAGUGGUCAUGGUAUCCUUCCCUAUUGUUGGUGAUGCGGACAAUGCAGCUCUUGUUGCAUGGACGACAACACCCUGGACACUUCCAAGUAACCUAGCGCUGUGUGUCAAUGCCAAUCUCAUGUAUGCAAAGGUUAAAGACAAAUCAAAUGGAGCAGUAUAUGUUAUUGCAGAAUCUAGGCUUGGGCAGUUACCCGUUAAGGCCAAAGCUUCAGGAAAGAAGCAGGCACCUUCAAAGGGAAGCAAUGCUGAAGCUGUUCAGGAUGGUUUGGACAAGGAAUCAUAUGAGCUGUUGGCAAAGAUUCCUGGGGCAUCCUUGGUUGGCUUAAAAUAUACUCCUCUAUUUGAUUUUUUCAUUGAACUUCAAGAGACUGCCUUCAGAGUGAUUGCGGAUAACUAUGUCACGGAUGAUAGUGGAACGGGUGUUGUCCAUUGUGCUCCUGCUUUUGGUGAAGACGACCAUCGUGUUUGCCUUGCUGCUGGCAUAUUUGAGACUGCUGGACUUGUUGUCGCUGUUGAUGAUGACGGGUGCUUUAUUGAAAAAAUAUCUGAUUUUAAAGGGCGAUAUGUCAAAGAAGCCGACAAGGAUAUCAUCAAUGCUGUUAAGGAUAAAGGAAGACUCAUUAGUAAAGGGAGUAUUGAGCACUCUUACCCAUUUUGUUGGCGAUCGGGUACUCCUCUUAUUUAUCGGGCUGUUCCAAGCUGGUUUGUCAAGGUUGAGAAGAUUAAGGACCAGUUGCUGGAAUGUAACAAGGAGACUUACUGGGUGCCUGACUAUGUUAAGGAAAAAAGAUUUCACAACUGGCUUGAAGGUGCUCGCGAUUGGGCUGUUAGCAGAAGUAGAUUCUGGGGUACUCCACUUCCAUUGUGGAUAAGUCAAGAUGGUGAAGAAAUUGUUGUUAUGGAUUCUAUCGAGAAGCUUGAAAAAUUAUCUGGAGUCAAGGUCACGGAUCUUCACCGACACUAUGUUGAUGAUAUUACAAUUCCCUCUAAGAGAGGACCUGAGUUUGGGGUGCUCAAACGUGUUGAUGAUGUUUUCGACUGCUGGUUCGAGAGUGGGUCAAUGCCAUAUGCCUACAUUCACUAUCCAUUUGAGAAUCGGGAACUAUUUGAAAAGAACUUUCCUGGCAAUUUUGUGGCAGAGGGUUUGGAUCAAACUCGUGGAUGGUUCUAUACUUUGAUGGUUCUAUCAACAGCACUGUUUGGGAAGCCUGCAUUUAAGAAUCUUAUAUGCAAUGGCCUUGUCUUGGCUGAGGAUGGUAAGAAAAUGAGCAAGAGUAAAAAGAACUAUCCUCCACCCAAAGAUCUCAUUGACGAGUUUGGAGCGGAUUCUCUGCGACUAUAUUUGGUAAACUCUCCAGUUGUACGUGCAGAGUCUCUACGAUUCAAACGUGCUGGUGUCUUUGCUGUUGUGAAAGAUGUCUUCCUCCCAUGGUAUAACGCAUACAGAUUCUUUGUCCAAAAUGCAAAGAGACUGGAAGUUGAGGGUCUUGCCUCAUUUUCUCCGAUGGAACAAGCGGUACUUCUGAAGUCAUCCAAUGUGUUGGAUCACUGGAUAAACUCUGCAACUGAAAGUCUAGUUAGCUUUGUUCACCAGGAGAUGGAUGCAUAUCGGCUUUACACGGUUGUGCCGUAUUUGGUAAAAUACAUUGACUACCUUACUAACAUAUAUGUGCGUUUGAACCGCAAACGAUUCAAAGGACGUACUGGAGAAGAAGACUGCAGAAUUUCUCUUUCAACACUCUACCAUGUUCUUGUAACAACAUGCGUGGUGAUGGCUCCAUUUACACCAUUCUUUACUGAAGUUCUUUAUCAAAAUUUGCGGAAGGUGUCAAGUAAAUCUGAGGAGAGCAUUCACUUCUGCAAGUUCCCUUCCACAACUGGCGAGAGAGAUGAGCGUGUUGAGCAAAGUGUAAAUAGGAUGGUGACCAUCAUUGAUCUUGCACGUAAUAUUCGUGAGCGGCAUAACAAAGCUCUCAAAACACCACUCAAGGAGAUGGUGGUUGUGCAUCCAGACAAUGACUUUCUCGAAGACAUCACUGGCAAACUGAAAGAGUAUGUCAUGGAGGAAAUCAAUGUUAAGACUGUCACUCCAUGUAAUGACCCCUUGCUGUACGCUUCUCUGCGAGCCGAGCCUAAUUUCAGCGUGCUAGGAAAAAGACUUGGAAAAGACAUGGGCAAAGUAUCAAAUGCGGUGAAGAAGAUGACUCAGGAAGAGAUCUUGGCCUUUGAAAAGAGUGGAGAGAUUUCAUUCUUCGGUCAUUGCUUGAAGCUAGAUGAUAUCAAGGUCAUCCGACAAUUCAAGCGUCCUGAAAACGUGUCAGAGAAGGAGAUUGAUGCUGCAGGAGAUGGUGAUGUUUUAGUCAUUUUAGAUCUACGAGCUGACCAGUCAUUGUUUGAAGCUGGAGUGGCUCGAGAGGUUGUGAACAGGAUCCAGAAAUUACGGAAGACUGCUCAGCUUGAACCUGCUGAUCCAGUUGAUGUGUAUUACGAAUCCGUGGGCAAUGACAAAAACACACUGGAAGAGAUUUUGAAGUCACAUGAUCAGUAUAUAAGAGACGCACUUGGUUCGCCAAUUGUUCCAAAGGAAAUGGCACCAAAAGAUGUUGUAGUACUUGGUGAGGAGUCGCACAAUGUACAUGACAUGUUAUUUGUCAUAUGCAUUGCAAGGUCCACCCCAAUUCUUUCACCAGAUCUUCUUUCUCAUGCCUCAGGCAACAGCAAUCAUGUGGAGGCGUUGAGAGUAUAUCUUCUGUCAAGGUCUCUUUCCAGAUUGAAGAACCAGUUCCAAACUGGAAAUGGCAUGAUUACGGUCACGGUCGACUGCAUUGAAGGUUAUCCACCAAUCAGUUUACAGCUAGGAAAGCAUGUUUUUCUAAGUUCAGGGGAUUUUUAUCUGGCUAGUCGAUCCUAG